CGGACCGGACCGGGCGGCACCCGACAGGCAAUCCCCUUCAGUCUUCAGUCCACUGCAAACUGUCGUCUCGGCGAGGUCGUCUCUGCACGCGACUCGGCUGGACUGGACGCGACCAAGCGGCAGCAGCGGCAGCAGCGGCAGCAGCGGCAGCGUGUGGCGCGUAGCGUGGCGUGGCGUGGCGUAGUGUAGCGCGGCUGCCCCCAUUCAUCGAGCCACCCAUUCAUUCAAGCGUUGCAGACCAUGGAGAUCACGUCGAUGCAGGACGUGCGGCUGCGCAGCAAGCUGCCCUCGUACGAGGCGCUGCGGCCCGCCCAGACGCCCGACUCCCCCAUCAACGGCCUGGACAACCUCAUCAGCGAGCUGCACCGCAUCUUCAGGGACGACGUCGUCAACAUCGAGCACGUGAGCGAGGUCAUGGCCUCGUACCAGAGCAACCCCGCGGACUGGAAGAAGUUCGCCAAGUUCGACAGAUUCAGGUACACGAGGAACCUGGUGGACGAGGGCAACGGCAAGUUCAACCUCAUGAUCCUGUGCUGGGGCCCGGACCACGGCUCGGCCGUGCACGACCACGCCGACGCGCACUGCUUCAUGAAGAUGCUUCAAGGCACGCUUAGCGAGGUGCGCUUCAGCUGGCCGGACCAGGGUGGCGCGGAGGAGCAGGGCCACGACGACGACGGCGACGACGACGGCGAGGGGCGGCCGCUGGAAGAGAUCUCGCGCACGGACCUGUGCCUCAACGACGUCGGCUACAUCAACGACUCGAUGGGCCUGCAUCGGGUGGAGAACCCGUCGCACUCCGACCCCGCCGUGUCGCUGCACCUGUACAGCCCGCCCUUCAGCUCGUGCUCCGUGUUCAACCAGCGGACGGGCAGGCGCUCGCAGUGCCCCGUCACCUUCUGGUCCAAGCGGGGGAAGAAGGUCGACAAGGAGGCCAGGUCGGCGACGACACCGGAGGACAACUAGAUGGGCGUUUCCAGUUGCCACGAUUUCAAUCGAGACAUAUUGCACUUAGUUGUAAAUAAUGUUCAUAUUGUAUGAGUACUUUAUUGCCAAGUUAGUUAUUUUAAGGUUUUAAAAUGUGUUUUAACUAACGGACUCACUUAAAAUUGGAUAAUGUUCAAUGGGACAAAAAGGGCACUUAUUAAAAAAUUGCAGUCAGUUAUGUGCCAUACCUGAAACAGAUGUUCUCAUGAAAUACUUCAUUGCUUUUGUGAAAUGGAGUUCAAAAGUUAUGGUUUCCAUUUUAAUCUGAGCAUUUUUUUUCAACAUUUUUAGAUGGUCCCCUUGUGAAACACCUUCCAUUGUGAUAAAAAGUGAUAUUGAUUGUGCAAGUCUGUAAAAAAGCAGACGGUUUUAUUAAUAAAAGUAUGCUUUAGAUUAGUAA